AUGAACACAUCAGAGUCUCGCAAUCCGAGGAUUGCUUCCAAGUUAGGUGAAGUCGACCCACAGAUCGUUGAAAUCACCGCCAAUGACCUGAAACGUCAGCAAGAUUCUCUCAUGCUGAUCCCAUCCGAGAACUACGCAAGUCGCGCUGUUAUGGAAAUCCAGGGCAGUAUCCUCGCCAAUAAAUACGCUGAGGGCUACCCCGGCGAGCGUUACUAUAACGGAUGCCAGUUUAUGGACGAUGUUGAAUCGCUCGCGAUUGAACGCGCGAAAGCACUCUUCGGUGCUGAGCACGUCAAUGUCCAACCACAUGCCGGUUCCCAAGCGAACAUGGCAGUCUAUCAUGCCUUACUUGAACCGGGUGACACGAUUCUCGGCAUGUCCCUCAGUCAGGGAGGGCAUCUCACGCAUGGUGCAGGUGUUAACUUCUCAGGAAACUAUUACAAUAUCGCUACUUAUGGCGUGGAUGUCGAAACCGAGCGAAUCGACAUGGAUGAGAUUGCACGCCUCGCCACGCAGCACCGUCCCAAACUCAUCGUUGUCGGCGCGACAGCCUAUCCGCGGCAGUUUGACUUUGGCGCAUGGCGGAGAUUGCUGAUUCUGUAG